CUUAGCAGUUUGUUGUCGCUCGUAACGGUAACGUUACUGUUCUGUUGUUACCGUUUACGGACGGUCGUUUGUCGUUAAACUGCUUGAACCAUUAUCUUAAAAUGAACUCGGGAACAAAUGGAGAAGCGGACGAGGAUCGACUCUUUCUUGAACAAGUCUUGGAUAAACUUUAUGACUUUGGUAAAGGACCGGCAUCAAAAAAGAAGCUCAAGUCUCAGAAGAAGAAAAAACGAAAAAGACACGAUGAAGAGGAGGAGGAAGAAGAGAUCCCGACAGUCAAGGAUAUCUGCAGCGACGCUGACGACCUCGGAGCAGACUGUGUUGGUGGUGAACACCAGCAGAAACAUCCAGAGACUGAACAGACAGGUCCAGCCAUCCGGCAGGUGAGCCAGGUGGAGGUUGUGACAUUUCAGGACCCCAGAAAGAAACUGAAAGCCAAGCAGACGCCAGACCCCGACAAAGUGCCGGCCCCUCAGACGACCGAGAAGAAGCAAAGCGUCCAGAUAGAAGAACUCAGUUUGGAAAAGGCUCGUCUCGAGGUCCAUCGCUUUGGGAUCACGGGCUAUAAGAAGGAGCAGCAGCGGGUGUUCGAGCAGGACAGAGCCAUCAUGCUGGGAGCCAGACCUCCAAAGAAGGAAUUUGUCAACUACAAGAAGAUGCAGCAGCAAAUCAAAGAGAAGAAGCAGAAAGCAAAGGAGGAGGUUCAGCCGGACCUGAAGAAAAAGAAGAAGCAGAGUAAUCAAAGGGGCAAGAAGAAGAAGGUGUCCUCUGGUCCUGGCUCCGCCCCCACAGGCCAGGUGGGCCGCUUUAAGAACGGCAUGCUGAUCCUCAGCUCCAAGGAGAUCCAGAAGAUCAAAGGCAACAAGCGAGGCAAAUAGAUGAGGGUGAGAGAUUGAAGCCUCCAGGAUGUGGAAAUGGAAGAAGCCGGUCUGAGACUCGGGCAGUGACUCAGCUCCCUGCAGGACUGUUGGCAGUGUUACGAGGACGAGAGCUGAAUACGAUGUGAGCUGUGAGGCCGCGGUCUGCAGGAAAGCACGAGACGGUGUCGCUGGUGGGCGUGUUGAAUGGACCCUGAAGCUGCACCGUGGCGGGAAGCUGAUGCAGGAAACUGGACACUUUGUCGACUCGUUUUCCAUCACAGUUAAUUUAUUUAGUUUUUAUAAACGAUCCAAAAAAAGGAGACGUUUGCGUGUGUGGUGUUUCACGCUGUAAAGGUUUUAAAAUGAUACGGUUACAAUGCUUCUCAUAUACAAACCAUGUAGUCGUACAAAACAUUCACAUUUACAUUGGCAGGAAGCGGGGGGGUCAUGACAGGACAGAUGGAGGUCAUUUUUCAAAGAAACACACACAAACACUCCAGUUUCUCCUUGUAAACCGUCACACAGACAACGUCCAGCAACGAAAACGAUGCGUUCAGAGGGACGACGGCGGCGAAACGAGACGUGUGAUCUGGCAGUGUGCGUCUGGGUGAGGUCACAAAUUCUCACGCCGUUUCCUCGAAGCAGCUUUUUGUGUCAUUUAUAUGUUUAAAAAAGGAGCAGAGGAGAUUUAAAGCUCAUCUGCAGCACAUCACACGUUUCACGCUGUUAGCUGAGCUGCUGAGGUGUCUCUUUUUAACCCGCAGCCCCCCCGCUGUCGGCCGUACACAGGACACAUCGUCAGCAACCUUCAGCUGUCACACUGAACAAAUUCAACAGGGUAAUAUACAAAAGAAAAUAAAUAUGUCAUUAAAUAUAUUUACAUACUUUAUGGAGUAAAUAGAUCUGCCAUCUGUUGAAGUUAGUUAUCAGCAGUGACGUGCUUUCUCCCAGCACCAUGUCCUGAAGUUCAAUUAGUAAAAUAUCUGACAUUCAUGGGUGGGUAAGUGUGGGGAGAGGACAUGCCAUACAAGACCACAUCUAGACGGGAGUGACUAUAAUGUAACUCAUUUUAAAUACGUGAUUUUUCUCAUAAAGUUUUGUUCUGAAAGGAAAAGGCGUGACCUCAUUUGACCUGAUUGGCUGUCUGGCUCUCUGAGCCUCUGUUAGCCGUGAGUCCCUCCGGUAACGACUUCCUGUGUGGCGUUUUGACAUCAACACAGCCAGCAGACACCAGAAGAUAGAAACGCUCCCCCUGCGGUUGUAUGAUAGACUCCUCACUUCGCUCCUGGGCCUAAAAUCUGCUCCUGGUUACAGCAAAGUCAGCCUGGGGGCAGGUUGACUUCGCACCUCUCCUCUGGUGUGGGACGAUGUUUGGAGGGGGAGGCUGAGCCGACAGCCUCCCAUGAUGCAGAUUUAGCCCUUAGGUGGUGGCUGGCAGUCGGGGGAGCAUCAGAAAAAAUCCCCUUUGGCAGAUAGUCAGACGUUUGCUUUCUGGGUCGAGAGAAACUGGUUCAAAUCCUGACUUUAACACGAAUGCUGCAUUCAAGUCAUACAGGGAGGAUGGGAAAUGGAAGCGCUUCCAGGAAGCACUGCUACCAUAUACAGAUUAAAUUCAAUCCAAUUUUCAAUUCAGAAAUUCAAAUUGAAUUAUUUUUAUUUAAUUCUUAUUGCCUUGAUUUAUCAUGAGAAAUGCAAUGAAAUGAUUCAUUAAACCUGCAGUAACAGCCUUUGGCCACUUGGGGGCAGCAGAAAAUUUUGCAAUGUCAAUAACAUGUAAUCACCUUUCAAGCUGUUGAGCCUGUUAGCAAACCAAAUAUUCAAUUGUAGCUACAUUAUUCUCUCUCUUUUAGCUCUGUUUUUGGUCUCCUCCAGCUGCUGAGGGAAAUAUCUGGCUCUUAAGAUGCUAAACGCUUCACUGUGUUCACCAGCUAGCCGCUAACUGUGUGUCUGCUGUUGGACAGUUAGCAAACAGUGGGUUUUUAGAGCGUCUUAGAUGCUACGAGAGCAGUCAGAGAGUAAAGUGAAAGGCCAAAACAAUGAGCUAAAAGAUGCUAAAAUGCUACAUAGAACAGAGUCAGACGCAGCUUCAUCACUACACGCAUUACUUUCACAUUACACGAGUCAUUUGAUCUGGAUAUUUAUUAUCCAUCUUUCCCACAUUACUUGAAUGCAGCAUCAGGUGCAAACAGCCAGUGAAGCUGCUUGGCCUAAAUGUUGGUUAAAUUGCUUCCUGUUUGCUGUUCUGGGAUGUAAAUGUCUUAAAUUUAACAUUUAAGGUAACAGCUUUGAUUCAUAAAUAAAUACAUAAUCCCAUAUCCAUCUCUCAAAAAGGCGCAAUCGUUAUUCUUCAGUCGUGUUUGUUAAUUAAAAACAAAUAUAAUCCCAAAAAUAGUACCAACCGAAGCUGAAAGAUCUUAUUAUACCUCUGUAAUGCUCUAUAAUUAGAUUAUUAGAAGAAAAAAAAGGUAACCACAGGCUAACACAUUAUAAUGAAUCUGCUGUUGUACUGAAAAUAGACCUAAAUAUCAGUUAAAAAAGAAAUAUUUCCAUUGUGUUUCUGUUCAGGUGUAUUUAAAGUUUGUGUUGAACUGAGAGUUUAAAUAACUCGUUAGAUGUCAGUGCUGCCUGCAUUUAUAAUUUG